CAAAACUCUGAUUCUGAAUUUCUUCUCCAAAACAACAUAGUGCCCCUUUUAAAGGUGCAAUUUGUAAAAAUUGUAGCUCAAAACAGUCAAAAAUUAACUUUAAUCAUCAACAAAAUAUGAAGAAUUAACUGACGCUGUGUCGGAGACUUCUAUAUAUAUUGUGUAGAAGAGAUAUCCACUGAAAUUAGCAUGCUAACCAGCUAGCCUCGAGCCUGAAAAAACUUUUUCUCCAAGCGGCCCAGAGCUCGGGGGCUAGCAGUGUAAACAGCAACACUUCCCUCACAGUCUGGCUAGCUGCACGGCUAACUGAGCUAAAGUCAUGGAUGUAUGAAAAGGACACAGUUAACAGCAGUUAGCAGUCACUCUGGUGAUAUGCUGCUCCUUUAAGGCGGCCCGUUCUUACAUACUGUAUCUUUAACUAAACUUUAUCCAAAAAUCUAACCUGAGAUCUGAACAACAGAAAAGCGGAAACAUGCGCUUAUAAGGAAUAUGAAUGCUUUAUUACUCCCCCUCUCUUUUAGUUGCUGCCCUUGUUGUUUCUAUUUCCUGCCUCGUGUAUCUUCCUGUCCAUCACUUGUCUCACUGUGCUGAAUGAACGCAAAGUGACACAUGGAGAAGAAGAAACCCUCCAACACUGGCUGGUCCAGCUUCCUGUGGAGUGAGGGUGGUGCUGCUGCUGUGUCACGCAGGCAUCAAAUCAUGAAUGUCUGAGUGGGACUUUCAGCCAGAAGUUGGCGUGAAGCGUCUAUUUUGAUCGCAGGUGUUGCUUCAUCCCUUGCCACCUACAUCAGCCAACUCAUGCAAAUUUCAUACUGAACCUCAAUCCUGGCUGCGGGAGAAAAUAUAUUCACAUACGGGGACGCAUUCAUUAUGAUAAUCCUAAAUGUUUACUGUGCGGCAGCUAUAGCCUCGGUGCUGUGCCAAGAACGAGCCGGCAGCAGGCUGAGAAGUGAGUAAAGCUGAGUGGAGAGCUGAAUACUUUUUUUUUUCUUUUUUUUUUUUUUGUGGCGAUGCUCUGACGUCACCGUGUUGAAACAUCUCCGUGUCGCUCGGUGGGGCUUGGAGCUGCCAGAGAGCGCGCUGCUCGGCUCGGUGCGCGAUGACCAUGGAGACGUGCAGGAGUUGGACUCGGCGCGCAGCGGAGGACGCCUGCUCAGAGCACGAACAGGGGAGACCAGACGGAACUGUGUUCAAACGCUGCGAGGACGAAGUGACAGAAGUGCUGACCGCCGUCUGACAAGGCGCAGAAGUUAAGAUUUCUUCUCCGGGGAGGCCACUUAAACAAUCAGGGGAGAAAAAAAAAAAAAAAAAAAGGACGGAGCGAUUAAAGAUCACUCAAGAAAAUCAUGCGCUGUUCAUGUCCAUGGAGAGAUGGCAUGCGUGCUCCUCCUCGCUCGACUUGUUCCCUUCUCACACCGGCUCACAAGAACAUCCAUGUGCGUACUCUCCCUUUUCCUGUCCUACCUGUGCUACAGCGCGCUCUUCCCCGCCGAUACCAUCAUGCAAAAGUCAGGUGAUCCGACGCCCAGCUGCCAGCGCGCCCCGGCCGAUGGAGCCUCCAACCGGCGCGUCCAGAAGUCCCUGUCGUGCGUCUUGCCGCCGAGCGGCGUCGAGGCACCUCGGCUGAGGGCCGACCAAAGACCUCCUUCGACUCCCCACAUCGUCAGGAACGACACGCCCAGUCCCCCCAUGAGCAAUCUAAAGUUUGGGAAUAAAAAGUUGCCGAACGCCAUCAUAGUCGGCGUGAAGAAAGGAGGGACCAGAGCCGUGCUGGAGUUCAUACGGAUUCAUCCUGACGUGCGAGCGGCCGGCACGGAGACGCACUUCUUCGACAGGAACUAUGACAGGGGCCUGGAGUGGUACAGAGGUUUGAUGCCAAGGACUCUUGAAAGCCAAAUCACGAUGGAGAAGACGCCGAGCUACUUCGUGACUAAAGAGACGCCACACCGGAUCUCCGCCAUGUCGCGGGACACCAAGCUCAUCGUGGUGGUGCGUGACCCCGUCACUCGUGCAAUAUCCGACUACACCCAGACUCUGACCAAGACCCCCGACCUGCCCAGCUUCCAGGAGCUGGCCUUCAGAAACCAGAGCCUGGGCAUCGUGGACACGUCCUGGAACGCCAUUCGUAUCGGCCUGUACGUCCUGCACCUGGAGAACUGGCUCCGCUAUUUUCCCCUGGCUCAGAUCCACUUUGUGAGCGGGGAGCGUCUUAUCACCGACCCGGCGGGGGAGCUGGCUCGGGUGCAAGACUUCCUCGGGUUAAAGCGCAUCGUCACCGACAAACACUUCUACUUCAACCGCACCAAGGGCUUCCCUUGCCUUAAGAAGCCGGAGAGCAGCGGCUCGCCUCGCUGCCUGGGCAAGUCCAAGGGCAGAACUCACGUCCAGAUAGACAGAGACGCCAUCGAUCAGCUGCGGGACUUCUAUAGACCUUACAAUGUCAAGUUUUAUGAAAUGGUGGGUCAUGAUUUCAAGUGGGAGUAGAGGUUUGACACAUAUUUUUAAUCGGUACACGAAAGAUUUAUGUAUUCCACAAAUGUUCCUCGCCUACAGUAAUCUGUCACAGCUAAGGCGCGUAGCUAACAACAGUCUCUAGACGAUUUUCAAGUGAAACGGCAAAAAAAAGCAGUAUUAUUCUUUGAAGUGACACUAAUGAACGGAGCAAAAUCUGGGGUGACAUUGCUUUUGCACUCGUAAUGAUCAGUUACCAGCGAGCAUCGGCACCCUGUUCUCCGCUCGAUGCAGCCGUCACUUCAGCUUCAGCAGCACAUCAUUUCUGUUCCCCCCUUUGCUGUGUGUUAUUGCUGACUAGAUCCCCUGUUUGCUGACUGGUUUAUUUAAAAAAAAAAAAAAAAAAAAAAAAAAAAAAGAAGAAAUGAAAUUCCAAGCAAAGGGAUUAGUUCCUCUUAAAACCUGCUUCACUAAUCAAGGCAGGGCUUGAAAGCAAGACCUUGGAAAAUGUCAGCGAAGUCUUCAGGGAGAGCAGAAUUAAGCUGCAGCUCUGCGGUGGUAAAUCUGAAAAAUGUAAAGCCAUAACGCGAGUGCGAGCCACCUAAUAUCACUUUGCUGUCGGUCUCAUCAGUUUCCAAACAGGGCGAGAGAUUUCUCUCUCCUCCAGCAUGAAUUGGGAGAAGUUUUAGAAUAUGCUGUGACACGCAGCGCCCCACUUUGUUUUAUCUGUGCUUUAUUUUGGAAAAACAAAAAAGAAACAACCCAUGUUUGUAUUUUUGUUGAGGACCAACUGAAUCACUGCCUCGCCCACGAUGCUUGUUCGUGAACUCCAUUAAACGGAAC